GAGGAUCGUCAAACUUUGUUGGUCGCAUUGUUCAUUGUCGAAUAAUGGAAGGAGAAGGCAGAAGUGAGGCUAUGAUUUGAAACUGAAGGCUCGGCGAAUCUCUCGGGAAUGCAAAUCAAGACUUCUACUUCGUUAGCCGACGCGUUGCAGUUUUGCAUAGAUCGUAAAGCCCACAGAACAGGGAAAAUCAUCCAAGCUCGUAUCUUUCGUACCAAUCAGCUCUCAGACACUUUUCUUGUGAACCGUCUAAUUGAACUGUACUCGAAAUGCGGCAAUGUGAGUGCUGCUCGAGACCUGUUCGACCUAAUACCCUUGAAAAACAUAUUCUCUUACCAUGCAGUUUUGGGCUCUUACUGCAAAAUGAAUGACCUGCAUAAUGCGCAUCAGGUGUUUGAUCAAAUGCCUGAGAGGAAUGAGGUUUCUUGGAAUAUGAUGAUUAGUAUGCUGUCAAGAACUGGUCCCAAAGAGGCGGCCUUGGAAGGCUAUUACUCGAUGAGACAGAGUGGUUUUUUGCCGACCCGAUUCACCUUGGCGAGUGUUUUAAGUGCUUGUGGAGGUUUGAGCCGAGUAGUGUGCGGCAGGGAGUGCCAUGGAGUUGCUAUCAAGCUUGGACUUGAGGACAAUAUGUACGUGGGCAAUGCAUUGCUGGGAAUGUAUAUGAAAUGCAAAUGUAUUACGGAUGCAGUUGAUGUUUUCAAAGGACUGCCCGAGCAUAAUGAGGUGUCAUUUACUUCAAUGAUGGAGGGACUAGUUGAAUCUGGCUGCGUUAAUGAAGCGCUCGACAUGUUUCGGCUAAUGCAUAGAGCUGGCAUUGUGGAUUGUGUAUCACUUUCGACUGUGUUGGGUGUGUGUUCCAAGAGUGUGGUUGAGGAGUUUCUUGUGAACAAUGGACAUGGGGAACAGAGAGAUAAUAUUCAUGGCAAGCAAAUACAUGGGCUUCUUGCUAAACUGGGGUUCGAAAAAGACCAGCAUGUGAACAAUUCGUUGCUUGAUAUGUAUGCCAAACAUGGAUGUAUGGAAUGUGCAGAAAUGCUAUUCAACAGUAUGCUACAAAAUGGAUUAGUCAGCUCCAUUUCAUGGAACGUUAUGAUUGCAGGAUAUGGCAAGCAACACAGCAAGGACAGGGCAUUGGAAUGCAUGGAAAGAAUGCAGAGUGGUGGAUAUGAACCGGACGAGUUUACAUAUGUUAACUUGCUUUCGGCCUGCUUGAAAAGUGGUGAUGUUGCAGCUGGGCUUAAGAUAUUUAAUGGUAUGUCAUUGCCAAGUUUGGCAUCAUGGAAUGCUAUGCUCUCGGGAUACUUUCAGAAUGAGUUCCAUAGCGAGGCAGUGAUGCUUUUUAGAGAGAUGCAGCUCAGAAAUGUUAGGCCGGAUCGAACUACUUUUGCUAUAGUUCUUAGUGCUUGUGCAAGCAUUGGUCUUUUGGACAGUGGAAAGCAAAUCCAUGGUGUUAUGUUAAAGGAGAAGCUUUGUGAUGAUCUGUAUGUUGCCAGUGGAUUGAUAGGUUUGUACUCAAAAUGUGGAAAAAUUGAUGCGGCGAAACAAAUCUUCGACAUGGUGCCUCAGCAUGAUACAGUCUGUUGGAAUUCGAUGUUGGCGGGCUUAUCCGUUAAUUUGUUGGAUGCAGAAGCCUUUGCCUUGUUUAAGCGAAUGCUCCUUGAAGGGGUGGUGCCAAGUGAAUUUUCUUACACCACAAUUCUCAAUUGUUGUUCAUCAUCGACAUCUCUUUCCUUUGGAGAGCAAGUUAAUGGUUUGGUGGUGAAAUCCGGACAUGCAAAUGAUGUCUAUGUAGGGACAGCUCUGGUUGAUGUGUACUGCAAGUGUGGCGAUGUCAAUGGAGCCCGAACAAUUUUCGACACAAUGCCCUGUAAGAAUUCCAUUACCUGGAAUGAGAUGAUUCAUGGCUACGCUCAACAUGGAUGUGGAGAAGACGCAGUUGGCUUAUUUCACGACAUGAUUCGGUCUAAUUUCAAGCCGGAUUGCAUAACCUUUGUCGCCGUGUUAACUGCUUGCAGCCAUUCUGGAAUGGCAGACGCCGGAUUAGAAAUAUUCAACGCAAUGCAGCAAGAACACGGCAUGGAGCCAGUCACUGAUCACUACACUUGUGUAAUUGAUUCGCUGGGCCGUGCUGGACGGUUCAAUGAGAUCGAAGAAAUCAUAGAUAAGAUGCCGUGCAGAGAUGAUCCAAUUGUAUGGGAAGUGUUGCUCAGUUCUUGCAGGGUUCAUUCCAAUGUGAACUUGGCAAGAAGAGCCGCAGACGAGCUUUUUCGACUGGAUCCCCACAAUUCUGCCCCUUACUCACUUCUAGCCAACAUGUAUUCAUCCUUGGACAGAUGGGAUGAUGUUAAGAAUGUUAGAGACAUAAUGAAAGAACAUCAGAUCUCGAAAGAACGAGGUUAUAGUUGGACUUAUUGACCUUAUUGUUAGGGAAAACACUUGUCUAGAUUAUCUCAAGUAUAUGUACAACCAUUUUGAAUGGCAUUCAGAAAUUUUGUGUAAUAGAAGACUGUUGUCGACCAUUGAUGAUGAUGAUUCAUAGCUGGAGAGUUUUCA